AUGAAUUUGCAUGUAUUGCCCAAUGAAUUGUUGCAUUUGAUUGCCGAUAACUUGGAAUUGAUAAGUGAUGUCAAUUCGUUCGUCCAAGCACAUACUCGGUUUUUUGCUGCCCUGAACUCAUAUCUCUAUCUUCAAAAUAUUCGCUCUGGAAGUUCGGCAUUGAUUUGGGCGGCAAAGUUCGGGCGUCCAGUAGCGGUUAAAAAGCUGCUGGACGAAGGUGCUGAUGUUGGGGUCACAUCUGACAAAAACCUAACACCGCUGGCACUUGCAGCAGAAAACGGACAUGAAGCAACAGUCAGGGUACUGUUAGCAGCGAAAGGUGUCAAUCCAAACUGCGAGGACUUAGUGCGCCGCACGCCAUUGAUUAUCGCUUCGAAAAACGGACAUGAAGCGGUUACCAAACUGUUACUCAACUCGCAUGGGGUCAAAUCUGACUCCAAGGAAUUAUUUGGGCGGACGCCGUUAUCUUACGCAGCACAGAAUGGGCAUGCCGCAAUUGUGGAGCUGCUACUUAUGGCUAGUGGAGUCGAUCCAAAUUCAAGGGACGAGCAAGGACAGACGCCGAUAUCAUGGGCGGCAAAGUACGGGCGGGAGGCGGUGGUCAAACUGCUGCUUGCUGAAAAACGGGUCAAUCCGGACCCUAAAGAUUCUAAUGGACAAACACCACUAUUUUUCUCGGCAAAAAAUGGGCACGAAGAAAUCGUCAGGCUACUGCUUGCCACAAAGGGUGUUGAUUCAGACUUGAUGGAUAAUUUGGGUUGGACACCGCUGGCGUUGGCAGCACAGCUCGGACGCGAGGGAGUGAUCAAGCUCCUUCUUGCCUCUGGGCACGUGAAUCCAGAUGCUAAAAACUACCUCGGGAGGACACCUCUUUCUUUGGCAGCAGAGAAUGGACACGAGGCAGUCGUCAGGCUCUUGCUCGCCACGGCCGAGGUUGACCCGGACCCAAGGGAUUCUGAUGGACGGACCCCAUUGUCGCGCGCAGCACAUAAAGGACAUGAGGCAGUCGUCAAGCUUCUACUUGCUCAAGAACGUGUGAAGCAAAAUUCAGUAGAUAAUUACGGGAUGACGCCUGUUUUUCUGGCAACACGGAAAAGACACGAGGCAGUUAUUAGGCUAUUAGGUUGA